GCCACACAUGGAACAGUCAUCGGAAAACCCGAACGACACUACUGCUGGCCGGCCCUGCUAGCUAGUAGUGUGCGCACAUGCACUCACAGCAGGCCUGGGACGCGCGUUGUAGUUCAAAUUAUGCUCCCAUCCCAAUAUCAUGGACUUGGCACGAUAUUUAGUCGUUUCCGAUGAUCUGGUUUGAAGUGACAUUGAUAGUUUCUGGAUGCAGAAGUUAAAGAUGUAUGACAUACUGGGCUGUAGCUUCGUGGCACUAAUUCUGUAUUGGAACACCCUGAGUGCGGACUUCGCCUACGACGACUCGAGCAAAAUCGUCGCGUGACAGGAUUCCCCAGUGGCCUUAUUCCCACGUCUCCCUUGCGAUGGUUCCCAAUGCGUGCCAUACUCAAGAAUCAGGAUCUUCUUCAGGAGACACCUAUUGUCAACAUCUUCUAUGACGACUUCUGGGGCACGCCCCUGGUCCACAGUGGGAGCCACAAGUCGUAUCGGCCGCUCUGCGUCCUCAGCUACCGCCUUAACCAUCUGCUUGGGCGGCUGGACCCAUUUGGCUACCACCUCGGCAAUGUCCUGCUUCACGUGCUGGUGACGGGGCUGUUCACCUACACAGCAAGAGCCGUUGUGUUACGGCGGACGAUGCCGGCAUGCCUGGCCGGGGUGCUGUUCGCAGUCCAUCCUGUCCACACUGAGGCCGUCGCAGGCAUUGUCGGGCGGGCAGACGUCGGAGCCUGCCUGUUUUUCCUGUUCUCUUUCCUCUGCUACGUCAGUUACUGCGAGCAGAGAGACUCACACACUAAUCAUUCCAAACUUCGAACUAGUGACAGGGAAGUCAACAAGCCUGUCCUAUGGCACAGAUGGAUCUUCUUGACUCUUAGUGUCUCGUUCGCAACUAUGAGUAUGCUGACAAAAGAACAUGGCAUGACAGUCCUAGCUGUAAAUGCUGCCUACGAUGUGUUUAUUCAGAAUAAAACAAGGCUCCGAGAUCUACUUUCCCUGAGAAUAUUCUUAAAGGAUUGCCACCGGCUUUGGGAGGGUAUCCUAUCUCAAGUUGUCAGCGUGGCCAUCUUGCUUGCAUUCCGCCUCCAUUUCAUGGGCAACAAGCCGCCCCACUUUGCCCCGUCUGACAACCCCGCCGCCAGUGACGAGAGCUUGCAGACGAGACUCCUGACAUUCCUGUAUCUUCCAGUACUAAACGCCUGGCUCUUGGUCUGCCCUUAUCGUCUCAGCUUUGAUUGGUCGAUGGAAGCAGUGCCACUGAUUGAGUCACUAACUGAUAUCCGAAAUCUGUUCAGUUUGGUAUAUUACAGCAGUCUGGCCGCCUUUGCCUGGUACUGCUUCCAGGAGCUAGAAGAUUUACAUCAUGGACACGAAGUAAACAACCGAUUAAAAGCUGGCAGUUCAGAUUUCUCAAACUGUCCGAGUAAUUGUAGAGCUAGCAGAGCUAGUAAUGGCCAUGGUGUUGCAUGGACUGGAUCGAGUGAUAAGAGAAACGGACAUGCCAGAAACGGGUACACCCACAUUCCAAGUCCAAGUUGCAACAACAGCAAUGGCAACGGAAUCAGGCAUGACACCUUGUCAUCCCUCCGAAAGCGAACCAGUAACGGCCAGCGGAAAAACCAUCAUCACCCCUCAUCGCAGCUGACGGGCAGCUCAUCUCCCUCCAUAGCUCCGUCAAGCUUUCAGGAGAGGACACGGAUCUUAAAUGUUGUCAUCGUCAGCAUGGUUUUCAUGAUUCUCCCAUUCGUGCCAGCCACCAAUCUCUUUUUCUACGUGGGCUUUGUACUAGCCGAGCGCAUCCUGUACAUUCCUAGCAUGGGCUUCUGUUUCUUAGCUGCGGAGGCCGUCCACCAGCUUUGGGCACGGCGCCCGAGGAGUCAAAAGACGGUCGUCAUAGCGAUCACCACCUCUCUCCUCUUGCUUUUCAGUGUGAGGACCUGGAUGAGGAACUUUGACUGGCAGUCUGAGGAAGCCCUCUACAGAUCAGGCAUUGAUGUCAAUCCACCAAAAGCAUGGGGAAACCUGGCCAACAUCCUCAAGUCCCAAGGCAAGAUAGGAGAGGCCGAGGAGGCAUACAAAAAUGCACUGAGUUACCGUGGUAACAUGGCUGACGUCCAUUACAACCUAGGAAUCUUACUGCAGGAAAGCAAGCGAUAUGAGGAAGCUCUCACCAGUUACCAGUUGGCCAUCCAGUGCAGACCAAGACUGUCAAUGGCUCAUCUUAACCUGGGUAUUGUUCUGAACACCUUGGGACGGCACGACGAGGCAGAGGCAGUGUACCGGCAUGCAGCCACCCUGGACGACACGGGUCUGAAGGACCCCAAGAAUCAAAUGACUGGGGUGAUAUCCUCGCUGUUCAACCUGGGCCGACUUCUCCAGGACCAGGGCAGAUAUGAGGAAGCCUUAAAAGUCUUCAAGGAAGCCAUUGAAAGACGACCUAACCACUACACACCCCAGAGCCUGUACAACAUGCUAGGUGAAACAUAUUUCAAACUCGGAAGGAAUGAGGAUGCAGAAAAAUGGUUCAAGAAAUCGUUGGAAGCUAAACCCGACCACAUACCUGCACAUCUCACCUAUGCUCAUAUGCUAGGAAAAACUAGCCGAUUUGCAGAAGCCCAGAAAUUCUUUAAGAGGGCAAAAGACUUGGAACCAAGCAAUCAUAACGUUUAUCAACAUUACGGCCAGUUCCUGAACGACCUCGGCCAGUACAAUGAAGCACUGGCCAUGUUCAGCAAGGCGUAUGACCUCCGACCUGAUGACCAUGAGGCAACCUUUAACCUGGCCAAUGCCCUGCGCCAGGCACGCAACAAUGAAAGGGCAGAGGAGUUCUACAAGAGAGCAGCCCUUCUAAAACCUGAGGCAGCAAGCAGUCACAUGAACCUGGGGGCCAUGUACCACCUGAAUGGCAAACUGGGAGAGGCGGAGCAAAGCUACAUGGAGGCGUUGCGGCUCAAACCCAAUGACCAGACCACCCUGCAGAACCUGAUGAAGCUGCGCUCGCUGAUGGCCAAGGUGGCCAACGGGGACAGCAAGAGCACCCCAAAGGCCACUGAUGGGUAGUUGCCAGCAACGGGAAAACAGCAAGGGUGCAAUCACAGUUUGGAGGUUAUCCAAACCUCCAAACCUUUGGCCUUCUCUCUGUCCUAUUUAAGGCUUCAGUUUCCUGAACCCAGCCUGCUAACUUGCAUUGUUGUAGUUGAGACUUUUAAGAACUCAUUACUUUUCAUAAGUUCUGUAAUUCUCAGACAAGAAAUGAAUCAUAUAUUUAGGCUAUAGAACAUAAUUAUGUAAUUAAAGAAUGGCGAUGGCUUAAAGUUUAAGCGUGCUUUUAAUUGUAAAUAUCUCAACGAGACCUUCUUAAGAUCUUUGGAGAUGAUGAAAACAUUCAUUUUACAUUCUGUUUUACCAUUACACAAUCCAAACUGUAUUCUAGAUUUAGUAGAAUCAGUAAACUCUGAGUACUUUGAGUUUAAAGUCAAAGUACUCAGAGUUUUUCCAUCAUUCACAUUUGACAUGACUCAAAUUUGACUUUUCAUUACACAUUACCUUUGUGCGAGUUCUGAUAAAGGUCUCUACUACAACACUGCUGAGUGAGCCCACUCUGACUCUGUGCAACUUUGCUGCCUGUUUCAGAAACAUCAAAACUGUACAAAAUUUGGAAUAUUCUCAUUUAGUUGGAACAGUAGAAUGUUUGAAAUGUUUGAUUGUGGAGCCUGAGAGACACAGCAGAGAUAUGGCAAAUAGCCUGAGCUUUGAUGAGUUGCUGUAUUGUGUUACAGAUGUGCACUUUGCCGCAUCUGAAACAUGCAUUCUUGUACUGUGGCCGAGGACAGUCAGUGACAGAAAGACAUAGCCGCAAAUGCUCAAUUUGCUGAGGCUGUCCACUUCAUUGCUCACGUAAUCCCUGUGACUGUCUCUUUCCAGUUUCUCCUUACAUCGUAUGAGCUGCAGAUGAAAAGAGAUUGGGUCAACUUGGGCAUUAUGGGUUGUUUCUUACAUCUCAGCUUCAUUCUCAAACUUCUACUUCAUUCCUAAAUUCAGAACUGUUUGUAGGUCUUCGAUGUUUGUACCAUAUGCCGAGUUUGAAUGCCAAGUUGGCAAGGUGUCCAUAUUGUAGUCAGUGCGGUAAUUAAGUUUCUUUUUUCAAUAUACAAAAAAAAAGGAUUAAUUUCCUUGGUUUAAAACUUUCCUUGAAAACGACAAUGCAAGUAGUACUUAGGGAAAAGCAAAAUGUCUCCAUUGAUGUACAUUUUGUCAACAGAGUCAACAUUUCAAAGAAGAGCUAUUCCAGCAAAAUAGCUUAUAGCUUAUUUUACAUUUUGUACGUAUAUGUACACCAGAGAAUAUGAUAUAAGUUUGUGAUGACAUCAGGUGCUGGUCACACAACACAAUUGGUUAAAAACCCUGAAGCUUUGAAAUGUAAUCUGUUGCAGUAUCUAAGACUCUUCCUCUGCUCAUAGCUUAUCCCACCUUAGUUUUCUCUCACUGAGUUGUUUGUAGAUAUUUCUUGUUAGUGUAUAUAGCAAAUUCUGUGACUAAGUAAGACUAAGUCAAGGUUUUUAAGGAGUAACUCAGUGAGAACUCAUGAACUCGUUUUUCAGACAUGUAAUGAACAAAACAUUUAGGUGAUUUUCUUGCCAAUAAGAUGGUAAUAUUUGUAAUAAUGCUGGACAUAUCAGAUGUGUCUAAACUAAGAAUGUUUAAAGAAAACGAUGUGUGUAAUCUGAAACAAUUCACUGUGAAUAUUUUACCUUCUUGUCAUUAAAAAAAUGACAAAUUGAAUUUAAUUAUUUGUAUGAUAGAUGUUUGAAGCAAUUGCUAAUUUCACAAAGAUACAUAUUCAUAUAUGCAGAGAUUGGUUUUGAUUCAACACAUCUCUAUUUUCAGGAAUGCACACAUCUGAUCUGGUUGUUGCUCUGAAAAUCCUCAACAGUCACUUUCAAGUUGCUGUUUAUACAGUCAGUAAAUCCGAUGUAGGUAAUUUAUGCUCAUUUUCAUCAUUUCACUCUCUGUCUCUGAAACUAAACAAAAUUCCUGUGAGGUACACAAACACAUUGAAACCAAAAAGAUUAUAGUGUGAGUCAGACUAUUUACAAAAGCUUUGGCUGCGACUCGAAAUUGCACAUGUAUCCAUGAAAGUCACUAGCUAGCGGCUGCAGCCACUUCCCAUAGACAUUAGUGUCCCUGUCAGUUGCAACCAUCUGGUUUGAUCACAGCUGUAUUGUGCAGAAAAGUGUUGACUCUCGAAUGGUUGAUAGAAAGGCUGCUUCGAAGAUCAACUCGGACAUUUUCAAAUACAGGUACUUUGGACUGUUAUGAAUGUUUGAAUCCCUACAAGCAGGAAGUGUCCAUUGAACUUUCCAGAGGCCUGUCAUCUACAUCCAGAGAAACACUGGUGUACUCUGCUGCAGUUCUUUGCACAGAAGUCUACUGUCAGUGAAACCAUCACUUUUCAGUGCACUCACGGAAAAUUUGCAUCUUUAAGCAUCUAUUUUAGGUCAGUCUUUUAAUAAACUGCUUUUGGAUCUAGAACUGUUCCCCCCCUAGAAAAGGCACAAUUUCUGAGGGCUCCAUUUUAAAGAGCUCCUUAAUCAGGACUGUGUGUGCUCAGAAUAAAAAGGGAACUGAUUUAAUUCAGUUCAGUUAUGAAUUUUCUUUCAACACUAGUAGCCUUCCAUAGGGUUUUUAUUCCUAAUGAACAAAAACCUGGCACUUUGCAUGUCCUUGGUGAUACAAAAGGGCACAGACCACUUCACUGGACACAGGCUUUUUCUUUGCAGGUUUCAAAUUCACAGCACAAAAGAACUCAACAAUGCAUAGCGUGUUAGAUCCAGAGGAAUUAUCCAGAAAGGAAAUCAUUCUUCCAUUUCAGAUUGUCCACUGUGAUUCCUUUGAGGCUUGGCACAUUUAUUUCCUAAAAGGAUCAGAAGUAGUAGAUUGAUGGCAAUAAAAAGAUGGUCUUUUUUUUUCAUUUGUUGCAAGAAUUGAUAUAGCUUUCCUGUUCUAGACCACUGGCGGUGCAAGCAGGGGGGGUCAGUACCCCCUCCCCCACUUUUUUACAGGGCCUAUAAUGAAGUGGGGCUUAACGGAUUGCCCUAUUAAUGGCUGAUGCCUGAUGGUCUCACAACUGCCCCCCCUUUGAAAAUUGUUCUGCUGCUGCUGUUCCAGACUUUGUGUAUUUGUAGAAAAGAAGUGAUUCUAGGGCCAUCAUUAUGACAUUGCAUAGAAAAGUUGUAGCAAGCUUGUGUCAUUACACCACUGUUUCAAGCAACUCUUAUUCUGAAGAUAAAGUGUUCUUGGUUUUUAUUGUUUACAGAAAUUAAUGGAGGCUCUUCUAGCAGGAAUAUUGUCAGCCAAAAAAAAAAAUUUUCACAAAGGCUGCAAAUCUAUCAGUUUGAAGCCCUAUAACUAAAUCAUAUUGCUGCCUACAGUUUGUAUGAGGUUUUAUUCUGUAUAUGUGGGACGAUAACUAUGUUGAUUGUUCAAGAGCUUGUAAAGUAUUGCUGAUAGUUUUAUACAUAGAGAGUGUUGAAGGUAUACAUUCUGCAGCGUUGCGUCAGCUGCUGCCUGACAGACCAUGUGGAGAAAGGUCACUAUGCUUCGUGCAAUGCAACAUUUUUAACUCAAGCAGUGCACCAGAGGUAUACACAUUUUUAAUUCAAGUACAAUCUGUGAAAGUAUCAUUGCAGAGGGGGAUGAAGAGGUUUUUUUGUGCUAGUUUUUGUGUUCACUUGUAAUCAAGAGAGGGAGCCGUGGCCAUACGUUGAUCUAAAAAAAUGGUGGCUUUUUGUGUUUUUUCAUUCCUAUGUUUUGGACCUGGGAAUUAUUUAACCUAUUGUUGGAAACAAAUGAAUUAUGCCCUUUUAUUCAGUUUUGGAAGUACCAGCCAUAAGAAAUGUUUGCAUACCUUUAUGAUUUCUUGUUUUCAGACAAAAAGUAUACAUACAGAAGAGUUUCAUAAUGGAAAAUAACCAUUUCACUUUGCUUUAGCUAAAUUAUACAUUGCUUGUACAAUUGUGAUUAUUUGUUUUGUAGGGGUUGGGCUUGGAAUAAAAACCUACUUCCAAAACCUACUACAUUUUAUUGCAGUAGUUUUGAAAACAAAAUCAAAAUGCAAGAAGUAGAAAGAACACUACUGUAUUACCACUGAAUUUGUUGGGGGUUACUGAAGCUCCGAUGAGUUUGUACACUUUCAUGAAAUUGAAUUCUCUUCCUACCAAUUAUUUUCAUGUCUUUGUAAAAGAAAACCGUGCAAUUGUAAUUGUUGACUUGGAAUUUAAAUUAUAUGUUUCUUUAUGAUGUAUGAAGUUAAAGAAGUGUAAAUGGUGGCUUUUGUAAAACCUUAAUCAUGAGAAGUAAAGUACAUUUGAAUAUUUGGCUCUUCUGAUUAAAUGGUGAAAUUUGGAAAGGAAGGCCAUUGUUGACACAA